AUGUCUGUCAAGCGGGUCCUAGUAAUUGCAGGCUCCGACAGCUCUGGUGGCGCUGGCUUGGAGGCAGAUCAAAGGGUUCUAGCUGCCCAUGGCUGUUAUGCUCUGACAGCUACUACGGGGUUGACUGCGCAGAACACACUGGGCGUGCAAGACAUCUUCGUCGUCCCACCAGAGUUCGUGAGAAAGCAGAUCAACGCAGGACUGGAAGAUGUUGGCGCAGAUGUAGUGAAGUUGGGAAUGCUCUCGUCUGCGGAGACGAUUGAUGUCAUCGCCGAGACCUUACAAGCUCACAAAGUUCCCGCCAUUGUGCUUGACCCGGUGAUGGUUUCAACCAGUGGAUCUCAACUUCUCCCAGAGAAAGCUGUUGAAGGGCUUCGAUUCAAAUUGCUCCCCAUGACUACUGUUCUGACUCCCAAUAUUCCCGAGGCUCAACUCCUCAUCAAAGAUUCUGGAUCCGAGGUUCCUGAACCCGCAGAUAUCAGUGAAAUGAUUGAUCUGGCCAGGCGAAUUUGCUCCCUAGGCCCCAAAGCAGUCCUCCUGAAAGGAGGUCAUCUUCCGCUUACCAAGGACCACAAGGUUGCAAAGAGCCCAGAGGAGUCGACUACUGUGAUCGAUGUCCUAUAUGAUAGCGAGACUUCAACAACAACUUUGUUCGAGACAGACUAUCUGGUAUCAAAAAACACACAUGGGACUGGUUGCUCCCUUGCUUCAGCAAUCUCUGCCAACCUAGCCAUGGGUAAGGACAUGGUACGAGCCGUUCGCAGUGCCGUGCGGUUCGUCGAGGCAGGUAUCAGGACCAGCGUGGACUUGGGUAAGGGCAGUGGGCCAAUCAACCAUUUCCACUCAAUUUAUACUAUGCCAUUUGCACCUGGUCGUUUCCUUGAGUACAUCAUGGACCGUCCAGAUGUCCAGGGUGCGUGGGAAAAGUUCAUCAAGCACGACUUUGUUGAAGGUAUGGGACAAGGUACACUUCCUGUGGAGCGAUUCAAAGAAUAUCUUGUCCAAGAUUACCUCUACCUGGUCCAAUUUGCCCGCAGCAAUGCCCUUGCUGCGUACAAGUCUUCCGAAAUGGACUCAAUAGCAGCAUCGGCGCAAAUUGUUCUGCACAUUCAGCGAGAGAUGGCCCUUCACAUUGACUACUGUGCUUCCUUUGGUCUUUCGAAGCAGGAGAUGGAAGCUUCUCCAGAAACGAUCGCUUGCACUGCAUACAGCCGAUACAUUCUUGACGUGGGCCAAUCGGAGGAUUGGCUUGCCCUUCAGAUGGCUCUGGCUCCCUGUUUGAUCGGCUACGGUACAAUUGCUAGACGAUUGCACUCUGACGAAAACACUCUCCGUCAAGGCAACCAGUAUUGGAAAUGGAUUGAGAACUAUGUCGCAGACGACUAUACAGAAGCUGUUCGCCUCGGAUCAGCUUUAUUGGAGAACCACGUGCAAAAGGUAUCGCCCAGUCGCCUGGAGGAAUUAAUUCGGAUUUUCAUGCGGGCUACCGAGCUGGAAAUCAGUUUCUGGGACAUGGGGCUGAGCGACCAGAAGUAUUGA